AUGAAGGUCGGAAAGCCAAAAUCUAAGCGCGUACCUGUGCGCCUGCGACACAAGAUCGAGAAGGCGUCAGCGGCGAAGCAGAAGAAGGCGAAGAAGCUAGCGAAAAAGGACCCAACAUGGCGAUCCAAGACGAAGAAAGAACCUGGCAUUCCCAACCUGUUUCCCUACAAGGACAAGAUUCUGGCAGAAGUUGAGGAACAGCGCAGGAGGAAGGAAGAAGAGAAGGCCCGCCUGCGGCAGUUGGCGAGAGAGCAGAAAAUGGGUGGCACAGCUGCAGAAGAUGCCAUGGAGGAUGAUGAGGAGUUUGAACAGUUUGACGCAGAAGGCGACGAACUUCUGGCCGACGACAGCAGCGAAGAUGAGGACUCGAUGCAAGUGGAUAACAACUCCAACCCAAUGGCUGCUCUCUUAGCUUCAGCAAAAGCGCGCGCCGCCGAAUUUGAGAAGAACGACCACGACCAAGACGCGAUGCAAGACAGCGAAGACGAGGAGUCGGAUGAAGAGGAUGCGGUCAAAGUGCGAAAGGAUGCAUCAAGAAAGCAGUUUGAUAAAGUCUACAAGCAGGUUGUCGAUUCUGCGGACGUUGUCUUGUAUGUUUUGGAUGCUCGAGACCCCAUGGGAACACGAUCCAAAGAGGUGGAGCAAGCAGUCAUGGCAGCCGACCGUGGAAGCAAACGUUUGAUCUUCAUCCUCAACAAGAUCGAUCUCGUCCCACCGCCUGUGCUUCGAGCAUGGCUCGUUCACCUUCGUCGAUCGUUUCCUACUCUUCCACUGCGCGCAUCGAAACCUGCGCCGAAUGCGAGGACAUUUGAACACAAGGAUCUUACCAUGAAGGGCACAUCAGAGACUUUGUUCAAGGCUUUGAAGACUUUUGCGGAAUCACGGCAGCUCAAGCGAUCAGUCAAGGUCGGCAUCAUCGGUUAUCCCAACGUUGGCAAGUCAUCCGUCAUCAAUGCCUUGACUUCUAGGCUAGGCGGAAGAGCUGCCGGUUGCCCAACUGGUGCUGAGGCCGGUGUUACCACUAGUCUCCGCGAGGUCAAAUUAGACAAUAAGUUGAAGCUUCUGGACUCGCCCGGCAUCGUCUUCCCCAACACCACUGAAGGAUCCAAAGAUAGCAAAGUAUUGCAGAAGGCGCGACUCAUUCUCUUGAACGCAGUCCCGCCUAGAGAGAUUGACGACCCUGUUCCAGCCGUCACUCUCCUGUUGAAGAGGCUUUCGUCAUCGGAGGAGCUCUUUGCGAAGCUUAUGGAGGUAUACGAUCUGCCUCCUCUACAUAGUGUGGGUAAUGAUCGAACAACCGACUUCUUAGUCCAGGUAGCGAGGAAGAGAGGUCGACUUGGAAAGGGCGGCGUACCGAAUAUGCACAGUGCGGCACAAACAGUUAUUAAUGACUGGAGGGAUGGCCGCAUUCAAGGAUGGACAAGCCCACCCAAGGAUGCGCCCACGGGGCCUUCUACUACGAAAACUGCCCCUGCUACCAAGGGUCUCGUUGGUGACCAGAAGGAGAUUGUCAAGGAGUGGGCUGCUGAGUUCAAGCUCGAAGGGCUUUGGGGUGACGACGCAAAUGACACCGCGGCGCCGGAGGCAAUGGAGAUAUGA